CUAUGUGGAUAUUUGUUAGCAAUGACUGAUGUGGAAUCUACAUAUGCAGACUUUAUUGCUUCAGGAAGAACAGGUAGAAGAAAUGCAUUACAUGACAUCCUUGUGUCCUCUCCGGGUGGGAACUCUAGUGAACUAGCCUUAAAGUUGUCAGAGCUUGAUAUAAACAAAACUGAAGGAGAAGGAGAUGCACAACGAAAUCCAAGUGAGCAAACUGGGGAGGCCCAAGGGGAGGCAGCAAAGCAAGAAAGCUGA